AUGGUCGACAUGGGCUUCGAGCUGCAGCUAAUGUCUAUCGCCAGGUACGUCAGGCCCGAUCGGCAGACCAUGAUGUGGAUGUCCGGAAGACCGACGCGCCUGUACCGUCUUGUUGACGCUCUGCUGCAGGACUACGUUGAAAUUCACAUCGGGUUGUGUCAGGCCUCUCUGGACCAGAACGUACAACAUGUAGUCCACGUCACAGCUGAGCGUGACAAAGAGGCCAGACUUGCGGGACUCAUUGAGGACAUUCUGGGCGGGCAAAAGGAUGCAGUAGGCGCAAAGGUAAUUGUGUUUGCCGAAACGAAGAAACGCGUGGACGGCCUGGUGUCCAACCUGCGGCUCCGUGACUGGCCCGUCGUCGGUGUCCAUGGCGGCACUUCGGAUAGAGUGCGGGAUUGGGCGUUGGCAGCCUUUCGCCUUGGCAAGACGCCCAUCCUGGUGGCAACCGAUGUGGCGACGAAGCUACUACUGUCAGAUGACGUGUGCUUUGUCGUGAAUUACGACAAUCCGAGUAGCGCUGAGGCGUACUCAAUGCGAAUCAGCCAUGCGUCACACUCAAGAGGCCGCGAUUCAAGUGUGGCGUACACUUUUCUUCUUCCCGACGACAGCAGAGGUGCCCGGCAAAUGAUCGCCAUUCUUCGUGCUGCGAAGACAAAAGUUCACGACGAACUGUACGCGAUCGGAAAGGCCACUGAGCAGAAAAGGCGUGGACGAGUCAGCGACGAGUGA